AUGAGAAGUAUUUUCCACGCUGCGGCGGCAGCAAUCGCAGCAACAAGCUUCAUACAACAGACUUCCGCACAAACAUGGAGUAAAUGCAAUCCCCUACAAAGCACACAAUGUCCCCCCAACACAGCCCUAGGGAUGACAGUAAACGUCGACUUCCGCAAAGGCGCCGUCAACUCCUUCGCAGCAUCCGGCUCACCGACCUACAACCAAAACGGCGUGUCUUUCACCGUCGCACGAGGCGGUGACGCCCCCCAGCUCGCAUCACUCUUCUACAUCAUGUUUGGCCGCGUCGAAAUCACGAUGAAGGCCGCUCCCGGCGCGGGCAUCGUCUCCUCCCUGGUCCUCGAGUCUGAUGACCUCGACGAAAUCGACAUUGAGUGGCUGGGCUCCAACCCGGACGAAAUCCAGUCCAACUACUUCGGCAAGGGCCAGACGACAACCUACAACCGCGGGCAGUUCCACUCCGUGAGCGGCACGCAGGCCAACUUCAUCAAGUACACCGUCGACUGGACCAAGGACCGCAUCGUGUGGAUGGCCGGCGGCAAAGUCGUCCGCGAGCUCAAAGCCUCCGACGCCCAGGCGAACCAGUAUCCCCAGACGCCCAUGCAAGUCAAGUUUGGGGCCUGGGCGGGCGGCGACCCAAACACCAACCCGCCCGGCACCGUGGAAUGGGCUCGCGGCCCUACAGACUACUCGAAGGGUCCGUUUAGUAUGCUCGUGCAGAGCGUCGUUAUAGCGGACUACUCCACUGGUAAGCAGUACAAGUACAAGGACACAUCUGGAUCGUGGGAGUCCAUCGAGGCCAUAGGCGGCUCCGUAAACGGCAACUUCAACAACGGAAACUCCCUAACCGUCACGGCCACUCCCUCGGGUGGCGCCCCAACAUCAACAGGCUUCGUGUCCGUCCCCGUCGGCGGCAUAGGCAAGGACGGCAGUCCCGCGACGGCCACGCAGACCGGAUGGCCGUGGGUCGCCAGCGCGAGUCCCAGUGGUGGAACUAUUCCCAGCGGGUGGUACAUGACCCCCAAUGGCAAGAUUAUGCGCAACAAUGCCGCUGCCCUGAAGCAAUCUGCUUCCAUUGCCAUUGCCACGCUAUGUCCCCUGACCCUGGGAGUGUUGACCUUUAUCUACCGUCUUUGGUAA